CAUUGUCCCAUAUUUCAUACUUGGCCUUGGCCCAACACAAACCAACCAAAAUCAUUUGUCCCUCUUCCCUCUUUCAAUCAAACCCAUCCCUUUCACUCUGACUCUCCCUCUUUUUCCCUUCUCUACCCUUAAAAAGAAUCUGAAGUGAUUUUUGAUCUUCUUGCUGUUGAAAGCAGCUUCUCUCUCUCUCUGGGCUAGGUUUUGUAUUGUGCAAUGAGUAGACCAACGACUCGAACAAAAAAUAAAAGGCUGAGACAAGGGGAUGAUGGUGCCAGCACUUCUGAAAUAUGGAGGAAAAUUCACAAAACUGGUGUUGUAACUGAAGAGGAUAUGAACCAACUGUAUAUGAUUUGGAAGCCGGCGUGUUCGGGCUGUCGAGUAAAUACUAAAGAUAACCCGAAUUGCUUCUGUGCUUUGGUUCCACCUCCAAAUGGAACCCGGAAGUCUGGCUUAUGGCAGAAGAUGUCUGAUUUUGUUGAAAGUCUUGGUCCUGACCCUAACAAGGAUCUUCGUGAGUCUGCUGAUUCACCUGCAGGUUUGACAAAUCUUGGUGCAACAUGCUAUGCCAACAGUAUACUCCAGUGCUUAUAUAUGAAUAAAGCUUUCCGAGAAGGCAUAUUUUCUGCAGAAGUGGAUGUUUUGCAGCAGCAACCAGUGUUAGAUCAACUGGCUCGGCUUUUUGUACAGUUGCAUAUUAGUAAAAUGGCCUUCAUAGAUUCUUCUCCAUUUGUAAAAACACUGGAGUUAGACAAUGGUGUUCAGCAGGACAGCCACGAGUUUCUAACAUUGCUUCUGUCAUUGCUUGAGCGUUGCCUGAGCCAUUCCAAACUUCCCAAGGCAAGAACUUUAGUUCAAGAUCUUUUCCGGGGAAGUGUGUCUCAUGUGACUACGUGUUCACAAUGUGGAAGAGACUCUGAAGCUUCUUCCAAAAUGGAAGACUUCUAUGAGUUGGAGUUGAAUGUCAAGGGAUUAGGAAGUUUGGGUGAGAGCCUAGAUGAUUACCUUACUGUGGAAAAGCUUCAUGGAGAGAAUCAAUAUUUUUGUGAGUUGUGUAAAACAAGAGUUGAUGCUACACGAAGCAUCAAGCUGCGUUCCUUACCUGAUGUCCUUAAUUUUCAGCUUAAGCGUUAUGUCUUCCUUCCUAAGACAACUACAAAAAAGAAAAUUACUUCUGCAUUUUCAUUUCCUGCUGAGCUUGAGAUGCACCAUAGAUUGUCUGAGCCACCUCAAUGUGAAUUGAUAUAUGACCUGUCAGCUGUACUGAUUCACAAGGGAACUGCUGCGAAUAGUGGUCAUUAUAUUGCUCACAUCAAGGAUGAGAACACUGGGCAAUGGUGGGAAUUUGAUGAUGAGCAUGUUACUAACUUGGGUCGUCAUCCAUUUGGCGAAGAAGCUUCAUGUCCAACUUCUAAAUCUGUUAAAACUGAUGUAGAUAAUUCUAAUAUCUCUGAAGCAAUGGUAACUGACAACAAUGGAAAUGGUUUAAGCACCACUCACUCACAAUCCUCGCAAGUAGAGACAUUUUCAUCUAGUGAUGCAUACAUGUUGAUGUACCACCUUAAGCGCACCAAAAAUGUUGAUGAAAAGGGGGGCAUGGUUUGUGGUGCUAACCAUCGAGAAAGUGAUGACGGUGCAGUUACUGCACACGAAAAUGGUUGUCUUCCUUCUCAUUUUUCUGAAGAGAUUCAAAAUUUCAAUGCUUCAUAUGUUGAUGCCUGUGAGCAAUACUCUCAUAGGAAAGAGUUAGAAGUGAGUCGUAUCAACGAGAGGAAACAGGAAGUUCGAUCUGUUUUAGCAGAAGCUCCUGUUCAACCGUUGGAGCAACCAUACUUUUGGAUUUCUAGUGACUGGCUUCGCCAGUGGGCUGAAAACAUUAUUCCAACUGCUAUCGACAACACGUCCCUCCAAUGUUCACAUGGGAAAGUCCCAGUGUCAAAAGUUGCCUCAAUGAAGCGAUUGUCUUCUAAAGCAUGGGAUCAAUUAUUGUCUAAGUAUGGUGGGGGGCCAAAACUUGCUCAUGAUGACUGCUGUUGGGAUUGCCUGAUUGAUGGAGCUCAGAAUGUGGUGUCAGCUGACACUUAUCGAGAUCAAAGAGAGUCAUUGAAGCAACUUGCACGGGAAAUUCUUGAUGGAAACUGUGAAGAUGGAAAGUACUAUGUGUCCAGACCAUGGUUGCUGCAGUGGUGGAAAAGAAAAGUUGUUGAUGCUCCUUCUGAAGCUGAUGCUGGACCAACAGCAGCUAUUACUUGUCCACACGGGCAACUUAUGCCUGAGCUAGCCACUGGUGCUAAGCGGGUGCUUGUCCCUGAGUGUUUCUGGCUCUUCUUAUACAAAAAUGCCACUUCUGUAAAACAUGAUGAUCUUCUGGGUUGCCCUACUUUUCCUUUAGACUCCGGAGAGUGUUCCCAAUGCAGUAUUGAAUUAUCUGAAGUAGCUUGCUUGGAGGACUCUUUGAGAUUAUUGAAACAAAGGGAGCGUCAGACUCAUGACAAACUAUUCAGCGGGAAAAGUAUGCCUCUCUCUCUACAUUGCGAGUAUUUCUUAGUUCCUUCUUCCUGGAUUUCAAAGUGGAGAAAUUAUGUUAAUCCAGCUAUCAAGAAUUCAGAUAAACCUGAAACUUUAGAUGGGGUAGUUCAGUCACUGAUGUGUGAAAAGCACUCAGGACUCCUUGAAAGGCCUCCUGAACUGAUUUUCAGACGCGGUGCUAUAUACCCAAGAGAGUCUUCUGCUGGUGGCUUAACCGUCAUAUCUGAGAAUGAUUGGAAAUGCUUCUGUGAAAAAUGGGGUGCUAUUGAGACCAAAGGAAUAUCUGCAAGAAUUGAGAAAAUUAAUGAUUCGGAGAAUGCUUUCCCUGGAACCAAUGAAGAGAUGCCCAUAUGUGAGGAUCAGUUGUCCAAUUGGGAUAAAGUGAAUAAUGAAAGUGAAAAUGGCCAAAUUGUGAUUAGGACCUUUCCUGAGGUUUGUGAAAGUUGCAUUGGAGAAAAGGAAAGUUGUGAGUUAAUGCAGAAGCUUAACUAUUGCAAUGAGGACAUAUGCGUAAUUCUUGUCCGUGGAAAAGAAGUCCCUAGAUCGAUCCUGGAGGCUUCAAAGGGCACAACUGAAACAGAUCGGCGGGUUUCCAAGCGCUCCCGGAAGACAAAAAAUGGGAGUUCAGUUAUGCUAAAAGUUUCUGCUUCGACAUCAAUUUACCAGCUGAAAAUGAUGAUAUGGGAAUCAUUUGGGGUCGUCAAGGAAAACCAGAUUCUGCAAAAAGGUGAUCAAACAAUUGAUAUUGAUGAUGAGUGUACUACGCUUGUGGAUGUAAACAUAUUUGCUGGAGACCAAGUUAUAGUUAGGGACUCUGAGAUCCAUGAAAAUCGAGAUAUUGCUGAUGAGCUUUGUGACGAGAAAAUGGAUUCGCAGCAUACCGAGGAAGGGUUUCGCGGAACACUUUUGACAUCAAAUGUUUCAUCUCAGGUUGUUUAGGAAUCGCAUUUUCAGCAGUAUGUAUUUUUGUGUGUCUGUAUAGGCGUCUCAAGAAAAAAUCAAAUAUGAAGGAGAAAAGAAAUAGUUAGGUGGGAUCCAACCAUGUAAAAUUCCUUAUGCCUCGGCCUUAGCGGGUGUUGAACGCUAUUGGUCUUUAGCCACCAUAAUGGCAAAUUUUGGAUUGUAUUGUUUUGAUUUAUGUACAUAUGAGCAAAAGCUCAAGGGUGAAGGAGGCAACCUUAUUUAAAAGUCAAGGCAUGCCACUUAAUUAACCUACUAUUAUUACCACCACAGUUUUUGACUAUUUAUUACUACUGAUCAACUGUUAUAAA